AAAUGAAUGUUAAUUCAUGACUGUGAAUUAUUGAUGCCCAACAAACAGCGCAUGUGUGGUAUUCAGUUGUCACCAUCAGGUAGAAGUGUGAAGUGCAUAUGAUGCCCGCUUAUACCCUAAACUCAACGGAAUUACGAUUCAACUUUACAUUAAGAAAAUUGCGAUCUGACUACAAAUAUCUAUUCUUGAGGAAUAUCCGUCACAAGGUUUGGUGAUUAACGAAUCUUCAAAAUCGGGGUAGAAGUCUUGUAAGACAUGUGCAAACAAGCGUUGUUUAUUUAGUAAACACUGCAACCACAGCAUGGUUCUGGAGGCCUAGACAACAGUCUGAAAGUGAAAUUCUUUUGACUACUUUACCACAAUCUGCCUAUAAAGCUACCAGCUCUAGGGUACCAAUGUCAGACCCAUUUAACUUGGUGAAUGCCAUUGAAGAGGGCAAUUGUUCACAAGUCUUAAAUUUAUUAGAAAAUAGGGGAAUCAAUAUUGAACAAAGAGAUCAGAAUGGCCAAACUCCACUCAUCAUAGCAGCAGAAAAGGGGAAUGUUCCGAUUGUGCAUGAAAUUCUCAAGAGAAAUCCUGAUGUCAAUGCCCAAGAUGAUGACGGAUGGACAGCACUUAUAGCAGCAUGCAAAGAAGGACACGUAGAUGUCGUGAAGGAAUUGCUAGAACAUGGAGCGGAAAUACAAAUAUCUGACUUGGGGAGAUGGACACCACUAGUAUGGGCUUCCUACAAAGGCCACGGAGAAAUUGUGACGGAUCUGUUGGGGCACGGUGCCGAUCCAAACGAAAAAGGACAGCAUGGCAUGACUGCCCUAAUAUGGGCAUCGGGAAGAGGACAUACUGAAUGUGUUAGAAAACUCUUAGAAGCUGGAGCACUUGCGGAUUCUGCAGAUAAGUACGGAACGACAGCUCUAGUUUGGGCGGCAAGAAAGGGGCAUCUAGAAGUCGUGAAGGCCCUAGUCGAAAAGGGUGCCAAUAUCAACAUUGCCGGAACGCGUGGUUGGACAGCACUUAUCAUGGCCGCAAAAGGUGGUUACACAGACCUUGUUGAAUAUCUACUACACAGGGAUCCCAACGUUAACGCUACUGACCAGGAAGGAUAUUCAGCCCUUGCAUGGUCAGCCAAACAAGGACACGAUGAAAUAGUCAAGAAACUCAUCGCUAAGGGAGCAUAUUACAAUUUGACAGACAAGGAGGGAGAGACGGUUCUGAUAUCUGCAUCGCGUGACGGCCACCUCGAAGUUGUCAAGACCUUACUUAGCAAGUUCGCCGAAGUAGAUGCUGUUGAUUCUGAAGGAAAAUCGGCACUAUUCCAUGCCGUGGAACGAGGCCAUACAGCGAUAGUUAAAGAGCUUUUAGAGGCUGGUGCAAAAACAGAGAUUGUAAACAGAGACGGCGACACUCCUCUUUUACGAGCCACUGUGAAGAAACACACAGAAAUUGUUGCUCUGCUGUUGGACAAAGGAGCGCUUGUAUGUGCAGCAGACAGGAGAGGAGAUACAGCCGUGCAUAUAGCUGUUCGAGGCCGAUUUAGACGAAUUUGUGAAUUACUACUGAGAAAUCCAAAAGACGCAAGACUUUUGUAUCGACCUAAUAGAGCAGGAGAAACGCCCUAUAACAUUGACAGGCAACACCGCACAAGCAUUUUAACGCAAAUAUUUGGCACCGGUUUGGUUCUAGGUGGUAAAAAGUGUAGUGAAGAAGUCAUGGGUUACGACGUGUACACCAGCGCUCUUGCCGACGUGCUUUCUGAGCCUUCUCUCAGUAUGCCGCUGACCGUAGGAAUGUAUGCGCGAUGGGGUAGUGGCAAAUCAUUUGUUUUAAAAAGACUUCAAGAGGAGAUGAGAGAAUUCGCUCACCAGGAUAUGCGUCCAGUUUUCCAGUUUUCCCGUUUCAUUUUUCUAAUUGUCCUCGUAGUAUCAAUUAUCUUUGGUGUGACCAUGUGGGCAGCCCUAGGCAUCAUAGAAGGCAUCUGUAUUGGACUUGCCCUUUUUAUUAGUGCGUAUUCGUUAUUUCUGUGUGCUUACGUGGCGGACAGACGAUAUACCAAUGGAGAGACUCCCUGUGCAGUUGGAGGCUACGUCGCAAAUUCAGUUUCUACGCUCAAGUUGCUCUUGCAGUUCAUCUUCUGUAUUCCUCCGUCGCCUAGAGCUAUGAAGCCUUCGCUGCCUGUACGGUUUUUCUUUACAGAUUUCAGCAAGUUGACUUGUAGCGGAAGUGAAGCUGCCUCGUUGGUCGGGAUGAUAGAAACGCUUUGCGACGUCGUCGAAUCAGAAUUCGGUUUCUUUGUUAGCCGUCUUUAUCGUGUGUUUCGGACUCCACAUUCUGAGUAUGAAGACACGGAUUACAUUGAAGCUCGAUGGAAACGCUGCUGCUGCUGCAUUCCAACCUUUAUUAUCUUUUUGUUUGUCAUUAUUUGCGGUCUAACAAGUCUCACGUUGUUUACGGUGAAUGGUACCAAAGGAGGGAGCAUUAUAACAGGAAUAGAAAUAGCAACUUCAGCUGUGGUCGGCGUAGCUGUACUUGCUCACUUUCCUACGGUUUGCUCUAUGCUGUACUCGCUUGCAUUUUCUCAGAAAAAGCGAAUCUCAGUGGUUGCGACUCAGCUUGGUCUAAAAGAGGAAGGUUUCAUUCACGCUUUGAAACAAGAAGUGGAAUUGCUAACUGAUCUUGUGAAUUGUGUGGAUGGGUUCACUCGACAUCAAACUCGCAUCGUCAUCGUCAUCGACGGUUUAGACAACUCAGAGCAGUCCAAAGUUCUCCAGCUACUUGACUCUGUUAAUCUACUUUUUACGGAUCCUGAGGCACCGUUUAUUAUACUCAUGGCUUUAGACCCAAGAGUGAUGAUCCGUGCGAUCGAUCAAAGCUUCAGCAGUAUCUUGCGGGAAUCUCAUAUCAGUGCCUCGGACUACCUCAAGAGUAUCGUGCAACUCCCUUUCUAUCUUCCGGAACCCAAAUCUAACUACACCGGGGUGCUGCCUCCAAAUGUUAUGAGUCUUUUGGAGGACGUUCGCAAUGUUGACUACGACAGUGACCAUCAACCGGAUAUCGACUUGCGUCCAAGUAGUAUUGUUCAUGACGAUAUGGAAUGGGAUGGUGAAAUGCUGCAAUAUGAUAACGAUAAGCGGGCGCAUAGAGACUUUAAUAACUGUAAUGGAGGUGUUCCAGUACGCAUACACCCUGACCUAAAUCUAGACUCAUCCUUGAUUUAUGAGCCAAACGAACGUGAACCUUGCUUAGCUGUUGAUCAUCAAAAGAUGCUAGAAAAGGAGCUUGAAUUAGAAGAACGAAGAAAAAUAUCUGCUGACUUAGCGCAAGUCUUGGCGGAUAACGAAACAGUAAAUCCUCUCGGAGUAAAGCGUCUCAUGAACAUAGUCUCUCUUACGUGUCGACUUCUUCGAGCUCGAAGUGUCGAGUAUUCCUGGAAGCGGUUGGCGGCCUGGGUGAGUCUUGUAGAUGGUUGGCCCUACAAGACGUCUUGGCUUGUUCUGCUUAUUGAGGAUAAUAAUACCCAUAUUCGAGAUAAUGUUUGUCUGAAAGAUCUCUACGAAGCAACGCUCUCUGCAAUGCCUGUUAUCAAUGAGGUUGACUGCAUGGUCGACGGGGACCCUGUGUAUUUUGAGACAUUCCUUUCGUCGCAUCAGCCACUUUUAAGAGCAGCAGAUGUGAGAAGGUUUUUGUUGAGCACGAUUCAUUUGGAUCAGUCAUUGCGGCGGCAGAUGGUUGAGUGUCUGCAUGCUGGAUUACCAAGUGGAAGUAACGCAAAAUCUGAGACAGAAAGUGUGGGAAAACGAAGUUCUGCUUAUCAGCUCACUGCCUCAUACAUUGCCAAGGAGAAACAAAUUAACUUAAAUAGUCUCACCAUCGAUGAUGUCUGCAAACAGCUGUCCGAGCUCGAAGGUUUGGAUCAAAAGCAAAUGUCUACUUACCAAAAGGUAGUAACCGAUAAUAAUAUCAAUGGCAAAGUCCUGGCUUCCUGUGAUCUCAGUGAACUGAGUCAGAUUAUGGGAAUGACCUUCGGUGACUGGCAGUUAUUUAGAGCGUGGAUUAUCAACGCCAGGUACCCUCAAGAAUGUGGCAGUCGUCAUCUUGGUAGUCGCUGCAUAAGUCCAGGAGAAAUGCAAUGUCAAUUAAUAAAAACAUCAUCAUCAGGUGGUUGGGACCAAGGAAAUAUCCUGGGAUCACCAAAAGGUCUGAGCAUGUCUGAACAAAACGAAGGCGUUCAAAAUGAACCUGAACCUUCAGCAACCCAACUUGCUGAACUCAAGGCCACACAAAAAGGUGGCGAAGUUCCCGUUGAUGAAAACGGUGUGCCACAGAUCGUUCUACAGCCACCAUCCACGCCAGGCACUGAAGAAGAAGACAACUGCGAAACCACGGAAACGGAGCUUGAAAACAGAGACGACGAAGAUGACCACCAUGAACAAGCAAAACUGCGGCGGUCAGCAAAAGAAAAGAGGAUGUCUAAAGAGGAAAAAAGUUAUAGUGUGGUUGAAGACAAGAUGGACAAUAAAUCUCAAAAAUCUGGUCAUAAGAAAGAGGAAACUUUGGUUGACAUCGAAACAGAUGAAGAGAAGGAUGGGUCAUCAUUUACACCUCAGCCACCAAUAGCAUUAUUUUUUAAGGAACAAGAAGAUUUUCCUACACCACCUGAUAAUACUGACGGUGGAAGUACCACGCUAAAUAAGGGUAGUGCUUCUCACGACUUAAUGUUCUUUAGUGAGUCUAAUGGGCAUCCUAAAAAAGACCAGGAAUUAACGAGAACGAGCUAUGAAGACGACUUAUGGAUUCCAAUGGAAAAACCGCGAACUUCAUCCGUAGGUUCUACUGGUAGUGCGGAUUUCCCACCACCUCCGUCUCCUCCAACUAUUCAAGUUAUGGAAUGCACUUGCGAGAUGAUAACCCCUGAUGAAAACAGAGAAAUUGACAAAGCCACACUCGAGAACUCCCUUUUCUCAGACGCAAAAGAAAGCAAUACCAUUGGAAGACCCUCGCCAAUCGUGUUGACUAUGGCCAAAAAUGGCCCAGUCACAAACGCUGUGGCUGUUAAACAAUCAGCCACCGGAGAUGCCAGAAGUACCUCUUCGUCGUCAACUCGAUCGGUCAGCGAAUCCACGGGUACACAAUCGACGAUGUUUCCUGACCGUAACAGAAGUGGCAUCCCAAAAUCUUAUAGCACUGAUAUCCGAUAUUUACCUACGGAAAAGAGUGAACCAAUAGGAACUAGACCAGUGUCUACUUCAGACAUGAAGAACCAGAAUAUUCGUAGUUUACCAAGUUUAAAGCAACGAGCUGGAUCAGAAGGAUGGGUUUCUCCUAAAUCAGGGUCACCCCCUGAACAGCAUUGUAAUGUACUGAACUCGAAAAACAAUUCUAAUAACAGUGACAUUAAUGACUUUCCUCCACCCCCACCCCCYCUGUUAAAUGAUUCUGGCAAAUACCAACCCGAUUCUCCUUGGGUUCCGCUUUUACAAAGGUUUCAAGUGGACCAGGAUUCUGCAAUGUACAUGGAUAGCGAAGAAAACCAUCGACGCCCUCGGCCAAAACCCGGCUCAACAACACAAGAUCAGAGAUCACAAAAGUUCAGAAGCUAUGCACCACAUUCAAAACCCAGUGUCGUGGAAGUCAAUAAUUCUGAGGACAGAAAGGAUAAAAAGAAUGAAACCUGCGUUUGAGUAGAUUUAUACUGUGAUUUGUAAUGUGGAUGGUGAUUUUUGUGAAGAAAGACAUCAUCUUCAGUCUUUGCCAAGGUGUCACCGUUAGUCCUUUCUUGAGUUGCCUCUUCAGCUUAGGUUUGCACACAUAGGAGUUCUWUAUGGAGCAAAAGAGUGUAACAGCUCCAAGAUACUAGACGACAACACAGAGAAUUAAGUAUAUAUAAAUAUAUGGAGUAUGAAGUAUAAGGAUUUAACUCCCAUAAUGGGUUAAAAAGCUUCACUGAAAAUUAACUUGCCAUUAUUUAGUUGAGAGAGAGAUGGGGGGUCAUUAUAAGGACGAUAAAAUGAGCAAAUACAAUUUAAUUUAAGGCACGAUAUCUAAUAUGAUUUAGAUUUUAAAUAUUUAUCAACCUUGCUUACAAAGUAGGCUUUUCUGACUUUCGUGACUGCUUCAGUAUAUCAGUUUAGAAACAGUCCAUUCAGUGAUAUUGCCCGGACUUUGAUCAGCCCAGAGGCCUGACGGUAUCUCAGGGUUCGAUCUGUGAUUUAGCCGUGCCCUGACUUCGAUCAGCCAAGUGUUUGUUUUAGGGUUCAGUCCGGCUUUAGUUAGCCGUGUCCUGGCGGAUCAGCCUUGCCUUGACAUAGAUAAGCCCAGAGUUUGUUUAAGUGAAUUACAGCUCCGCCUUGAAUUUGAUCAGCCAAUAGGUUGUUUCAGGGUAUCGAUAUAUUUUAGGUUUGAUACUAUACUGUUGUAGUAGCUUGGACUCUUUUGGGUUCCUUUUGCGAUACAAAAGUUCACCAGGAAAGACUUCGUGAAAGUGUCAAAGCUUUAAAUAAGAUGUUUUUGAAGGAAUAAAUUAAAAAAUAUACGUUUAAAUGAAAAAAACAAACCAGCUAUAAUUAAACUAGUUACGUUAACUAGAAUAUAUAAUACACUCUUUCAUUUGUUAAUUUAUGAUCACUGCCUUAGGAACAGUACUAGUUGUUUUGUAGUGUCUGAGGGGGUUUGAUUCGUUUCAGCAGUUUUUUCUAUUCUCCAUUAAUUUAUUUAUAUAUUUAAGUAAUAUUAAGUGACUUUUUUAUAUGUCUAGCUUUGGUGUUAAAUUGUUUUUUAAUUUUAAUAUGUAUAAUUGUAAACUUAAAACGCCACCAAAAUUAAUAACUGGAUUACGACAUAAUUUAAGUUUAGCAAGAAUAUAACUGAAGCAGAUUUAAAUUAUCUGUCACAUCGAUUUCCAAGAUGGCACAGAUUUGCAUUGAAAUAUGAAUUUGAGAUAUCAGAUCGACUUUAAUGUAACUCGUUUAGGUCACGCCCACACGUAUGCAAGAAUUUUUUGGCGCACGCAUUUGAAGCUUCACUUUCAACCCAAAAGGUCGUCACAAAUUUAGACACAAACAAAUUAUUAGAUGUUGCGUUUUUGAAAAUAUAUCAGAUACGUGUGGACGGGGUCUUAUUAGUUCUUGUAUCUAUUUGAUUGUUAAAGAUAUUGAACAGAACUAAUGCAUAAUAGAGUUGAACUCUUUGA